GACAAUGGUGAAGGACGGAGAGCCAAUAACAAAGGCCAUUACAUCUUCAGCAUCUUCAUCAUCAUCAUUAUGUGACUCAGAAACAGAAGACUUGCAACGUAUGCCAUUGGUUCCAUCACCAUUAAUGAAAAACAAGAGAUGUUUAUCCAAGCAGUUAUCAAUGUGUGAGACCUCCAGGGACAUUGCUUGGGAGAGAAGGCGCCGCCAGAUUCUUCGUCAGGAGAGACGAAAGAACGGGAUUAAUAUUGAAACUAGUGGCUUGACUGAUGAAGACUUGCACGAACUUAAAGGGUGCAUAGAGCUUGGAUUCGGAUUCAAUGAGGAAGAAGGUCAACAGCUAUGCAAUACAUUGCCUGCUUUGGACCUUUAUUUUGCUGUAAACCGUCAGCUUUCUCCUAGUCCAGUUUCAACACCUAAAAGCCGAGGUUCAUCCUCAACAUCAUCACUUGGGGCCAGGUCAUCUUCUUUUGGAAGUGAGUCAGAUUGGAAAAUUUGCAGCCCAGGAGAUAAUCCUCAGCAAGUGAAGACUAAGCUUAGGCAUUGGGCGCAGGCUGUGGCAUGUUCUGUGAUGCAGUCAUAUUGA